ACCCUGCACUUCCGCUCCACUUCCGGUUUCCUCCGCUACCGGCGAUGUUUCACGGCGUAGCUGUUCCGCCCGCGGCGGGGGGGCCCGCCAAUAAAGCGGAGCUGUAUGAGGAGGUGAAGCUCUACAAAAACGCCCGCGAGCGCGAGAGAUACGACAACAUGGCGGAGCUGUUUGCAGUGGUGAAGACCCUCCAAGCCCUGGAGAAAGCCUACAUCAAAGACUGCGUCUCCCCCAACGAGUAUACAGCUGCGUGCUCGAGGCUGCUGGUGCAGUUCAAAGCUGCAUUGAAACAAGUGCAGGGCCCAGAGCUCAGCUCCAUUGAUGACUUCUGCCGCAAGUUUCGACUGGACUGCCCGUUGGCCAUGGAGCGCAUCCGGGAGGACCGCCCCAUUACGAUGCGGGACGACAAAGGGAACCUCAACCGCUGCAUCGCCGACAUCGUCUCGCUGUUCAUCACCAUUAUGGACAAACUGCGCCUGGAGAUCCGCGCCAUGGAUGAGAUCCAGCCCGACCUGCGGGAGCUGCUGGAGACGAUGAACCGUAUGAGCGCUCUGCCCAGCGACUUCGAGGGCCGCCAGCACGUCCUGCACUGGCUGCAGACGCUGAGCUCCAUGUCGGCGUCGGAUGAGUUGGACGACUCUCAGGUGCGUCAGAUGCUGUUUGACCUCGAGUCGGCCUACAACGCCUUCAACCGCUGCCUGCACGCCUGAGCUGAGCCGCCGGGCCAGCGGAACCAGUACCGAACCGGUACGGCACCAGGGGGUCAAUGGAACCAGUACCGAACCGAUACGGCACCAGGGGGUCAAUGGAACCAGUACCGAACCGAUACGGCACCAGGGGGUCAAUGGAACCAGUACCGAACCGAUACGGCACCAGGGGGU